CCUUGUAUUGAAUGCGUCUGAAGAAACCAAUCAAAAUGACUUUGUCUAUGUCAAUUUUGACGUUAGCAGUUGGGAACAUAAUCGAUCUGUCAUUCUCUAUUCCAUCAGCCGACUACUGUGCGUUUUCAGGUUGUUAUUACAUAAGAUUUAACAGAAUGGCCGGAGAACCAGUUGAUGAAUCCCAGUUUAAGGGACUUUCAAGAUACUUCAACAGCUACACAAAUAGGGGCAGAGCAAACACAGCAAAAGCUACCUAUGCAUUCUUUGGAGUUGUGAUAUUAUACUUUACAUUGAAGCCAAAGAAGGCAGCACCUGCAAAAUAAUGAGGAACAUUCAAACUGUUAAUUUAAGUGAUAAUAUGGUUUCUUUUGAUCAGUGUAUGAUAGUGAAAAUAAAAAUCAUGUAAAACUCAG